GGCCAUACCAUCAUUAGUUGGUUGGCUAUUACAAUUCUCUUGCAAUUAUAGGCUUGGUUUUGCUUACCACUGAACCAUCCCCCCGAGCCGUUCAUUUCCCCUGUCAGCAACCCCACCACGACCAGUAAUCCAGUACAUCAAGCAAACAAUCCCACAUCAUGGCAUUUGCUGGACAGACACCCACAAUCAUUGUGCUUAAGGAGGGUGAGAUAGCCUUCAUCUAUUUUCUAUUUUCCAUUUACUACUUUCCUCCGGUAUCCAUAAAAGACAAAUUAACUGACCUCCAGCCUGUUCUACCAAGCAGGGACCGACGCAUCACAGGGCCGUGGUCAAAUAAUUUCCAACAUCAACGCAUGCCUGGCUGUGCAGAACACCGUCAAGAGCACUUUGGGACCUUAUGGCGGUGAUCUCCUGUUAGUUGAUGCCAACGGUAGGCAAACCAUUACAAACGAUGGAGCUACGGUAAUGAAGGUUUGUGCCCGAACCUUAUUGGUCCUACUACCAUACCACCGUUUAUUUGACAUAUUGGUAUAUAGUUAUUGGACAUCGUACACCCCGCCGCAAGGAUAUUGACGGAUAUCGCAAGAUCACAGGAUGCUGAGGUUGGUGAUGGAACUACAUCGGUAGUCGUAUUAGCUGGCGAAAUACUCAAAGAGAGCAAGCCCUAUAUCGAGGAAGGUGUCAGCUCCCAGAUUAUUAUCAAGGGCUUCAGGACUGCUGCUAGAUUGGCGGAGAGCAAGAUCAAGGAGAUUGCAGUACGGAUUGAGAAGGGUGACCGGCGUGAUACAUUGUUAAAACUGGCGGCUACCGCUAUGUCGUCGAAGUUAAUCAAGUCCAAUUCGAGCUUCUUCUCAAAGAGUAUAUUCACUCUCAGCGAGCUGGGAUGUGUGUUCUAUCCAGCGUGUAGUGGCUGAUGGGGUAUCUAGUGUGCGUCGAUGCGGUUAUGUCGUUGGACCAGGAAUCGCUGAACGAGAAACUUAUCGGCAUCAAGAAGGUUCCCGGUGGCGGUUUGCAAGACUCACUGUUUGUCAAUGGUGUCGCGUUUAAGAAGACUGUGGGUACGCCGCCCUCGUGUCACAAAACUGGUGGUUAAUUUUAGCAGUUCUCUUACGCUGGUUUUGAACAACAACCCAAAUCCUUCAAUAAUCCAAGGAUUGUAUGCUUGAAUGUCGAGUUGGAGCUCAGUGAGUCUAUUUAACCCUCGCGAUAUGCUAUAGGACUAACAUUGGCUAUAGAAAGUGAGAAGGACAACGCCGAAGUCCGAGUAGAGCAGGUUUCAGAAUAUCAAGCAAUAGUAGAUGCAGAAUGGCAAAUAAUUUUCCAGAAGAUGGAGGCUUUGGCCAAUACUGGAGCUAAGAUUGUUCUCUCGAAACUGCCUAUUGGCGAUCUUGCUACGCAGUGAGUCAGGUACCAGACGGUGCAUAGGGUUGAAACAUUACUGAGAUUCUCUACAGGUACUUUGCAGACAGAGAUAUCUUCUGUGCUGGAAGAGUUGCCUCUGAAGAUAUGGACCGUGUCAUUCAAGCUGUUGGUGGUGCCAUACAAUCUACUUGCUCGGAUAUCCGUGGGGAGCAUCUAGGGAACUGCGAACGCUUCGAAGAGCGACAGAUCGGUAGUGAACGUUACAAUUUUUUUGAAGGCUGCCCACAAGCGAAGACCUGCACCCUCGUGCUCCGUGGAGGAGCAGAGCAGUUCAUUGCGGAAGUGGAGCGUUCCCUUCACGAUGCUAUCAUGAUCGUUAAGAAAGCAAUCAAGAACGACUACAUUGUUGCCGGAGGUGGUGCUGUCGAGAUGGAGUUAUCAAAAUAUCUGCGCGAGUACUCGCGCACUAUCGCUGGAAAACAGCAGUUGAUCAUCGGGGCUUUUGCAAAGGCUCUUGAGAUUAUUCCGAGACAGCUAUGUGACAAUGCCGGGUUUGAUGCUACGGAUAUUCUCAACAAGCUUCGUAUGCGUCACGGCAAAGGCGAGACUUGGGCUGGUGUGGACAUCGUUAACGAGGGCAUUGCUAACAAUCUGGAAAAGUUUGUCUGGGAGCCCACUGUAGUCAAGAUCAAUGCUAUACAGGCAGCGACCGAGGCUGCAUGUUUAAUCUUAUCAGUUGAUGAGACUGUCAAGAAUCAGGAGUCAGAACAGCCCCAAGCUGGACCUCCAGUAUGUCACCGCCUUUCACGAGAUUUUCACGAGAUGUUUAUAUGAUUGCUAACUAUAUUACAGAUGCCUCGUGGAGCAGCUCAACGAGCUUUGAGGGGAAGAGGGAGAGGAAUGCCUAGGCGGUAGAGAGCAAAUAGAUUAUUCCAGAGGGAGCAGUUAUGAGCGACAUGCGUUUACACAGGGCAUUGAAAAUGGGAUGUGGCGGUAGAUAAAGAGAGAGAAAGCCAAUCAUUGCUCCGUAA